UUUUCUAGAUUGGGAAAUCACAUGACAUAUGCUCGCUCUUUUACUCUUUCUAAGACCUUGAAUUUUGGAGCUAUAUUACCUUGGCGGUCAUUGAACUUUUACUUGAAUCAUCUACCAAAUUGUUCUGUUAGGGCAAUAAGGAUGGAAAGCAAUAACAAUAACAAUUGCAACCUAAGUGUUGGUAAUACUGAUUCAAGAGGUGCUUUGAUAGUUCUAGAGGGUUUGGAUAGAUGUGGGAAGACUUCACAAUCUGGUAAAUUACUCUCAUACUUGGAGGGUCUGGGUCACUCGGCUGAGUUAUGGCGAUUCCCUGACAGAACUACAAGUGUCGGGCAAAUGAUAUCUGCUUAUCUUUUGAAUCAGUCGCAGUUGGAUGAUCACACAAUUCAUCUGCUCUUCAGUGCUAAUCGUUGGGAGAAGAGGUCAAUGAUGGAAACUAAACUGAAAGCUGGAACUACUCUAAUUGUUGACCGUUACUCUUAUUCUGGGGUGGCAUUCUCCUCUGCCAAAGGAGUUGAUGUUGAAUGGUGUAAGGCGCCCGAAAUUGGGUUGCUGGCUCCAGAUGUGGUACUUUUCCUAGAUAUACCACCAGAGAAAGCUGCUGAAAGAGGAGGCUAUGGAGGUGAGAGAUAUGAGCACCUUGAGUUUCAAAAGAAAGUUGCCCAAUGCUAUCAGAUCCUCCGUGAUUCCUCCUGGAAGAUCAUAGAUGGCUGCCGAGGCAUUGAGGAAGUUGAGAAAGAGCUGCGUGAUAUUGUAGUGGAUCAUGUCUUAGCUUGCAAAAAGGGGAAACCCCUUUCCCUCCUCUGGUCACCUUAGUUAAUUCAUUCUAUCUUUUGUUCAUGAAGAGAACGUGAAAUAGGUAUUGUCCCGAG